UAUCUACAGAAAUGGAGCGAAACAACAACUCUGUGAAAGGACAGCAGGCCGGCCUAAGCGGAGUCGGCAAAAUUGACCAGAACGGAGGUGGGAAUAACCAUAUGGGUGCCGUUGCUGCUGAUGGUGGCCGAAGCGGAAUUGCUGCUACUGGUAGCAACAAUGAGAAACAAAUUGAUGCAUCAGAAGCCUACUCUGAGCAGUUUGACCUUUCGGAAAUAGAUGAGCUUACUCAAGUCGAGGGUUGGGUGAACGAUGAUGAGGAGGAAACCGCUGCUAUCCAAGCAGAAAAUGUUGCUCUCCAAGCCCAAAUAGCUGCUCUCCGAGCUGAAAACGACAGGCUUCGAGCUAAAAGACAGAAAUUUCGAGAUGAAAUUUGGAGAGACAGCUCCUUCAAGGACUUUGUGCAAUUUGACCUGCUGGGAACAGAUGUGCUUGAUCAAGUCAUGGGCCAUUGGUUGAAGAAUGAGAACACUAAACUGAAGGAGACAAAUGAUGCACUCCGACGACAACUUCUAAAUGAUAAUCAACCAAACUGUGCAUGUGGAUGCGAGGAUGGGGGAGAAGACUCAGAGGAUGACAAUGGCGGCCAUUAGGCUGAUUGUUUGCUUUGUUAUCUUUUGAACUAUUGUUUGGGUUCAAUGUUAGAAUAAAUUGAUAUGGGUCGUUUGAUCUUGGUUUGGAUUUUUCUAUUUAUGGAUUGGUUUGAAUUAUGUCUGUGGAUUGUUUAUGUUAUGGAAUUUGUGUGUUGACUGUUGGUCAA